GAAGAUGAGUGAGCUACGUUGAUUUGCUAGGAAGAAUCCAACUAGAAAAUAUUCAUCAAGUCAUCCAUCUUGAUUACUUUCUCCACCCCUCACUGAUGUUUAUGCGAACCUCCAAUAUCGGAGCCACAAAAAUUACUGGAGAUAUGGAGAGCACAUACAAGCCAUCACCUUGUCAGACAAUUGACUAGCACAUUUAAUCCAUAUACUAUGGGUCAUGGACCGGCACCAAGUGUUACUAGUUCAUACUUUUAGUUCACCCCACCUUGAUACAAAAAGGUCUCUUCCCUCCAACCUCACCAGUUGCUUUCUCUUAUAUUGUAAACCUCUUAUUUUUCUUCUUUUGCCUCAAUAGACUUUCACUUUGUAAAUUUAUUCAUUUGAUACCCAAUACCAGCAACAAUAAUCAUGUCUAACCUUCCAUCUGAGCCCGAGUUUGAGCAAGCUUACAAUGGUUGGUCUUCCAUGCAUCACUCUAAUAUCAGAAUCGACUAACCUUUUCUCUUUCAGAGCUUGCCUCAACUCUUGAGAACUCCACUCUUUUCGAAAAGAAUCCAGAAUACCGCACUGCCCUUAAAAUCGUUUCCAUUCCUGAAAGAAUUAUCCAAUUCCGUGUCGUCUGGGAAGAUGACAAGAACCAAGUCCAGGUCAACCGUGGAUACCGUGUGCAAUUUAACAGCGCUCUUGGGCCAUACAAGGGAGGAUUGAGAUUCCAUCCUACCGUUAAUCUCAGUGUUUUGAAGUUUUUGGGUUUCGAGCAAAUCUUCAAGAACGCUUUGACUGGAUGUAAGUUUAGACCGUUCACUACUGUCCAGUUUCAGAUGAAGUAAAAGCAACGGGGCGGAAAUUAUGAAUUGAAUAAGUUUACUAAUUAUUUUUUUGAUAGUAAACAUUGGAGGUGGUAAAGGAGGAGCAGAUUUCGAUCCAAAGGGCAAAUCCGACAACGAAAUUCGCAGAUUUUGUGUUUCUUUCAUGCGUGAAUUGAGCAAACAUAUUGGAGCUGAUACCGAUGUACCAGCUGGUGAUAUCAACGUUGGCGGAAGAGAAAUUGGUUACCUCUUCGGUGCCUACAAGGCUAUUCAAAACAAGUGGGAGGGAGUUCUUACUGGAAAGGGAGGAAGCUGGGGUGGAUCUUUGAUCAGACCUGAGGCUACUGGUUACGGUCUCGUCUACUAUGUCGCCCACAUGAUUCAAUAUGCUGGUCAAGGUUCAUUCCAAGGAAAGCGUGUCGCCAUCUCCGGAUCCGGAAAUGUCGCUCAAUAUGCUGCUCUCAAAUGUAUCGAACUUGGUGCCACCGUUGUAUCUCUCUCCGAUUCUCAAGGUUCUUUGAUCGCUGAAGGAGAUUCAUACUUCACCCCGGAAGAUGUUGGAAAGAUCGCUGAGUUGAAGCUCAAGAGACAAUCCCUCACCGCUCUGGAACACGGAGGAAAGUACAAAUACGUUGAGGGUGCUAGACCAUGGACACAUGUCAAGGUUGAUGUUGCACUUCCUUGUGCUACUCAAAACGAGGUCAGCAAGGAAGAGGCUGAGGCCUUGGUUGCCAGCGGUGCUAGAUACAUUGCUGAGGGAUCCAACAUGGGAUGCACACAAGAGGCUAUUGAUGUCUUUGAGGCUGAGCGAAAGGAGAAGAAGGGUGAAGCUAUCUGGUACGCACCAGGAAAGGCUGCCAACGCUGGUGGUGUUGCUGUUUCCGGUCUUGAGAUGGCACAAAACAGUGCUCGUAUCAGCUGGACCCAAGAGGAAGUUGAUGAGAAGCUCAAGGAUAUAAUGAAGAACGCAUUCGAGAACGGAUUGGAGACUGCCAAGAAAUACGUCGAGUCAAAGGAUGGUGAAUACCCAUCCUUGGUUGCUGGUUCAAACAUUGCCGGUUUCGUCAAGGUUGCUACCGCUAUGCACAACCACGGGGAUUGGUGGUGAAUGUUUAUGAAUUUAUGAAUUAAAUGGCGGGAUACUUAAAAAUGUGUACAUAUGAUGCGGGAUUUGCGGGUUGGGUGGGAAUUUGUUUGCGUGGAAAAUUUAGGUAGCCUAAAUCUGUACCUUUGAUGAAAAUGAAUUUCAAAUAAACAAAGAAUAUUAUCUGUCAAUCAUGAUUGAUCUUCAUGUAUUUCGUGAUUAAAACCUU